AUGGCAAGGCUUUCAGGACUACAAAAGGAAGUACUACAUCUAUAUCGCCAAUGUCUUCGAUGCGUAUACACCAAACCUAAACCCACUCAACCACAUUGGAGAAACUAUGUACGAGAAGAAUUUGCCAAGUAUCAUCAUUUACCAAAGAAGCAGUUUAGUACGAUUGAACAUUUACUUCGAGUAGGACAUCGAAGGUUUGAAAUGUUUCUGAAUCCACAAAUUAAAGAUAUACAUUGA